CGUUCAUAUCGGACGACUGAGCAGUAGCAAUUCCAAAAAAACCAAUCAUCCAGCCAGCCGAAAAACCAAUCAUCAGUAGCAGCUGAAACUUGAAAACCACGCUUACGGCCCGGCCCGUAUAAGUACGGGCCCUGGGGACCUUAAGGCCUAGCCCACAGCGACCGAUCGCGUCGUCCUCGCGGUGCCCAUCCAUGGCGGAGACUCCCACGACACCGCCGCCGCCGCCGCGGAAGCCGAAGCCGCCGAUGUCGCGCCUCAUGCGGCUGUCCCUCAAGGUCGUGGACCGCGUCGCCGACGCCACCCGCCGCGCCGACGGCACGCUGAACCGCUUCGCGCUGUCGCUGCUGGACCCGCGCGUCCCGGCCAUCUCCUCCCCGUGCCGCGGCGUCGCGUCCCGGGACGUCGUCCUCGACCGGGCCUCCCGCCUCCGCGCGCGCCUCUUCCACCCGGCUGCCGCCGCGGCGACGGCGAAGGCGUCUACCCUCCCCGUGAUCGUCUUCUUCCACGGCGGCGGGUUCGCGUUCCUGUCCGCGGCGUCCCCGGCCUACGACGCCGCGUGUCGCCGCAUCGCGCGGUACGCCUCCGCGGCGGUGCUCUCCGUCGACUACCGCCGCGCGCCCGAGCACCGGUUCCCGGCGCCCUACGACGACGGCAUCGCCGCGCUCCGCUUCCUCGACGACCCCAAAAACCACCUGCUCCCUCUCGACGUCUCCCGCUGCUACGUCGCCGGGGACAGCGCCGGCGGCAACAUCGCGCACCACGUGGCCCGCCGCUACGCCGCCGACGCGGCCUCCUUCCGGAACGUCCGUCUCGCCGGCCUGAUCGCCAUCCAGCCCUUCUUCGGCGGCGAGGAGCGCACCGACGCCGAGCUCCGGCUCGACGGCGCCGCGCCCAUCGUGUCCGUCGACCGCACCGACUGGAUGUGGCGCGCGUUCCUGCCGCCCGGCGCCGACCGCACCCACGAGGCCGCGAACUUCGCGCACCCGGCCGCCGCGCCCGGGCUCGACUCGCCGGCGUUCCCGCCCGUGCUGCUCGCCGUCGGCGGCUUCGAUCCGCUGCAGGACUGGCAGCGCCGGUACGGCGAGAUGCUCAAGGGCAUGGGCAAGGACGUGCGCGUGGCCGAGUACCCGGACGCCAUCCACGCGUUCUACGUCUUCCCCGGGUUCGACGACGCUCGGGACUUCAUCAUCCGCAUCGCCGAGUUCGUCGCCGAGAGCGCCGGUGGUGGGGCGGCGGCGAGUGACCAACCAUAAUGGUUGCUCGCCGUCGUUGUCAGUGUUGUGCGCUCGUGGCGUGUGCUUGUUGGACUGGCUGGUUGCAUUGUGGCGUUUGGACGUGUGGUUGCGUGGUUGAGAGAGUAGAAAAUGUGUGUGAUUGUUAAUGUUUACUUUGGUAAGUUUGGUAUACAUGAUGGGUCUGAUGGGUGAUGUAAAUUAAUUUUCUAACUAAUACAGUCGGUGAUUUCGUGA